GCCUAUCUAAUAAGUGACGUGUAAAGUGUAUUCGUCGGCGCCCCACAAUUUCAUAAUUUCCCAAAAGAAAAAGCUCAAAAUGAGCUCUUUCAAGAGAGAUAAGAAAGAAGAGGAAGACGGCGGCGGUAACCCUUACCUGAACCUUGACAAGACGAUCGUGUUACAAGAAGCGAGGUACUUCAACCAGACUCCAGUGAAUCCUCGAAAAUGCUGUUUGAUUUUGUCGAAAGUCUUGUAUUUAUUGAAUCAAGGAGAGAAAUUGACGACCCAGGAGGCUACCGAAGCCUUUUUUGCCACUACUAAGCUAUUUCAAUCCAAGGAUGUGAUGCUACGUCGUAUGGUUUACUUGUGUAUCAAGGAGCUGAGUACGUUGGCUCAAGAUGUCAUCAUAGUGACUUCUUCGCUGACGAAAGACAUGACUGGGAAGGAGGAUUUGUACCGGGCUGCGGCUAUAAGGGCUCUGUGCAGUAUAACUGAUAGUACGAUGUUGCAAGCCAUCGAAAGGUACAUGAAACAGGCGAUUGUUGAUAAGAAUCCAGCUGUGAGUUCUGCGGCAUUGGUUUCCGCUCUUCAUUUGUCGGCGACCGCGCCCGAUCUAGUGCGGCGGUGGUCGAAUGAAGCUCAGGAAGCAAUCUCAAACAAUGCCAUGGUGUCUUACCACGCCCUCGGUGUCGUCGCCAGCACCAGACGGAACGACAAAUUAUCCACUGUCAAACUUGUCUCUGGACUCAUACAUUCCGUAAUCAAGUCUCCAUACACUCUGUGCCUUCUCAUCCGUUUGGCAGCCCAGCUGGUGGAAGAUGAUGAGUCCGAAGCGUCACAACCUUACAUCACGUUCAUAGAAUGCUGCCUUCGCCACAAAUCUGAAAUGGUCAUCUACGAAGCAGCUCACGCUAUCGUGAACCUAAGGAAAACCGCCAGAGAUUUGGCACCGGCAGUUUCUGUACUUCAACUAUUCUGUGGCUCUUCAAAAGCGUCUCUGAGACUAGCUGGAGCGAGGACGCUCGCUCGUUUGACGGCGAAACAUCCUACGGCAGUCGCGGCGUGCGCUGUCGAUUUGGAAAACUUGAUAUCUGACCCAAACAGAUCCGUGGCCACGUUGGCUGUUACCACGUUAUUAGCUACAGGUGCAGAGAGCUCGGUCGACAGAUUGAUGAAGCAAAUAUCAAGUUUCGUAUCGGAAAUUUCCGAUGAGUUCAAAAUCGUCGUCGUUAGAGCUAUAAGGCGUCUUUGUACUAAAUUCCCGAGGAAGCAUCAGUCGUUGGCUGCGUUUUUGGCUGGAAUGCUUCGCGACGAAGGCGGCUUGGAAUAUAAGGCGGCCAUUGCUGACGCGAUCAUUGCGUUGGUCGAAGAAAACCCUGACGCGAAAGAAACAGGGCUCGCGCACCUGUGCGAAUUCAUUGAAGAUUGCGAACACACAGCCUUGGCUGUUCGUAUUCUGCAUCUAUUGGGCCGCGAAGGACCAAAAUCCCGUCAACCAUCUAGAUACAUCAGAUUUAUUUACAACAGAGUGAUUCUCGAAUCGGGGCCGGUGAGAGCGGCCGCAGUGUCUGCUGUCGCACAAUUCGGUGCUCAAAGACCUGAAUUGCUGCCUAAUAUAAGCGUUCUACUGCAGAGAUGUCAGAUGGAUGACGAAGACGAAGUGAGAGACAGAGCUAUUUACUACAGCGCCAUUUUGGAGACAGGAGAUCCACAACUGAUAAAUGAUUACAUCGUAAACGUCAACAAACCUAACGCAGUUUUGCUCGAAAAGGCUUUGAGAGACCAUUUGGCGACCCAUCCUGAUGAUCCGUUCGACAUGAAUACGGUGCCAACUGAAGAAGAACCCAAGGAGAAUAAGGAAGCGAUAGUAGAAAUUGAAGUGAAGAAACCUAUGCAAAUGUCCUUGGAAGAGAUUUACGCAGAACAACUGUCGAAGAUCGUGGGCAUAGAGAGACUUGGGCCAGUCUUUAAGACCAACCAACCAUUAGAUUUGACUGAAGCGGAGACGGAAUAUAGAGUUCGCUUACUGAAGCAUAUAUAUGGGCGGCACGUGAUACUGCAAUUCGAGUGUGUUAACACUCUAAGCGAUCAGUUGUUAGAAGACGUCCAGGUCAGACUGGAAUGUCCGCCAGAAUACGAAGUCAAAUCGGUGACCCCAUGCCCGAAGUUGGUCUACGACAAGCCUGGCAACGUCUUCGUCAUUGUCGAGUUUCCUAGCGCAUUUCUGGACAGUCUCGGCACAUUUGGGGCGACCCUGGAGUUUAUUGUUCGGGAUUGUGACCCGACAACGGGACAGCCGGAUCCCGGUGAAGGUUACGCUGAUUCCUACCCACUGGAGGAGUUUGAAAUGGGCUGCUCCGAUCAGAUCAGGGCUCGGGCGGCCGCAGACGACUGGGACCAGACGUGGGACAGGGCUUCCAACGCACCAGAAGCGUCAGACACUUUUGUAUUAUCACAGAACGAUAUAAACGAUGCAGCAAAGGCGGUUUGUGAGCAUCUCGGUCUGCCGAAGUCUGCGAUAGUGGGGGAGGCGGUGAAGGAGAUUAGGGGAGGAGGCAUAUUUAGGGGCGGAGCCCCCGUGCUGGUCAGGGCUCGUCUGGCGGCCAGCAGCAGCGGAGUGACCAUGAAGUUGGCAUCAAGGUCUCCGAGGGAGGACAUUGCACAACUGCUUCUGGCUGCAGUCGGUUAAUUAUUAAUGUUAAGUUCGUAUUGCAUUUGACGCCUGUUCGUCGAUUUUUUUAUACAAAAUAUUCAAGCAAUAUAUAUGUUCAGUAUACUCUGUUUAUAUAAUAAUUAUUUUUGUUAAAAUUGGAUUAAUAUUAUAAACAAUGUAAUUUUUUUUUCUGGAAUAUUCAUGACGCAACUGGCGAAAAAGCAUUCCGAAUCUGUAGUAUUAAGUUUGUAAUUAUUUCAUAUACAAUAUUAUAGAUUGCUUAAACGGGGUUAUGGCUAUAUCACCAGUAAAUCCACACGACUAGAUAGCUAACAUCGUACUUUUGUUCUAUAAAAUUUCGUAAUUCGUUAAAUUUUAGUUCCAUACGAAAAUAUGCCAAAACGUGAUAUGUCAGAACAGAAAAUUAAAAAAUCUUUUGUCUGGAGUGGUCUAAAAAUCGUAGAACAAAUGUUGUUUAUGAAGUCAGUUUUUUAGUCAGAAGUUUCUGGCGUUUCCAACUAACCCUAAUAAGAAAAUGUUUUAAGCUAACGUAUUGAAUAUUGCAAUAUUAUUGUCAAAUUGUAAAUCAAAUUUUAUUGAGAAGCCAUUUUUUUGUUAGCAUAAGAUUUAAUAAAACUGGAACGUAUGUAUGUGUGGAUACGCAAUAAAAACACAUUAAGAUUAAA